CACCAAAACAGUCUACAACCAACAAUGAGCUCGGUGUUAAAGAAGGUACCGACUCAGGAAAGACUUAACCAAGCACGCCAGCUUGCAGCUGCUAUUUUCGGGCAUCCAUGGAAUCCAGAAUGUAAAAGAUUGGGGACAAACAUAUUGAGAGCCGAAUUAAAGGGACCAGAAUUAGUUAAGUACUAUGGAGUCAAUGAAGAUAUUCCAACAUUUAAAGAUUUCAAGAAAUGGUUCCCUGAAUUGAAGUUGGUGGAUCCAAGAGAAACGUAUAGAUUACAUAUGAUUCAAGAUAGAAAGAAGAGAAAUAAGGGUGCUCCAAAGAAGAAGAAGGCCUAAACUUUACUUGUAUAUAUAUUAUUAAUAAAUGAUAC